GUCACCAACGAAAGACGUGUUCAGAAGGCUUUCGACGUAUCUAAAAAGAAAAGAAAUCGAUAUUUGUGUUUCCAAAUUUCAAAAUCUCGAGUCUUAUACUUCGGAUAAGUAAAACUCACCGAAGAAAUGUAAGUUAAAAGCCACAGAAGCCAAAAUGCGUUUGAAGGCGGCCCUCGUGUUCACGUUCUUUGAAACUGUUUCUUGCCUGCAGUUAUUGGAUGAAUGCAUGCCGAAGAAGCGCUUGGAAACAUACAUAAAAGGCAGUGAGAUGAAGCUCAGAGUCUGGGUUCCAGUGAUCGGUGACGCCACUUUUCUCACACUGAUCUCUAAGAAUGACCGGACGGGGAUGUCAAGAAAAAUCGAGAUUAAGAAAAACGUAGCAACUGUACAGACUAAAGAUGAAGACACUGUCAGCCCAGAACAAGAACUGCCGAUACAAAAUAACAGCCUUCCUCAUGGCUGGGUAAAUUUCAUGGUCACUUCAAAUGAAAACUUCAAGGUAACUGUUCCGGACGUCAAGCUAACUCUCGUAGAUAUAGAAGAUGAUGUUCAAGGCAAAGACAUAAUAAUCAAAGGAAGCAAUGUGACACUAAACUGCAUGUUACCCACGAACCAGUGGGAAGUGUCCGCCCGCCAGGAGGCCGUCAUCCCGCUGAGUCCGAACGCGUCCCACGACUUCUCGCUAUUCUCAAGAGUUCCCUUCACGCCCUGGCUGGCGGUCGGAUCGGGCGGCCAGGGGCCUUUUGGCUUUCUUUUGCCAACCCAUGUCUUUGAGUCUGAAUCCCAACUGCUGUCCCCUUUUGUGUUGCAUAAUUUCACGUUGGACUGCGCUAUCGAGGAAAAACUGGGUUCAUGUUAUAUGCAGGUGAGUGAGAAGCAGUUAUUCAUCUAUUGCAUCUAUCUAUUGAAUAUUCUGGAGCUAAUGGAGAUCUUUGUAAGAGCUCUGGCCAAAACAAAAUAA